UCUCGAAAUACUUUGCCAAAUUCGGCAUAGUUUUUUUUUUCUUUUCUUGUUCUCGUGUGAAACCACACAGAAUUAACCAGAACGGAUCAAGGAAUUGCUACCGUCAUAAUCCUACUAUUUGCAGUGGUUUAAAAACUAAAUACUAGGAGUAUAUCAUUAUGGUUUAUGUCUUGUGGAAAAAGAUAAACUUUUUUGCGAUGUUUGGUCAAGGAAAACGACGAGUUAACGAAGGGAAAUGAUCACGUGUAGCUAGGCUGUGUGUGUGAGAGAGAGAGAGGGGGCACGAUGCAAAGAGACGUCCACGACUUCCUUUCUGUUGCAGUCUACGAUUUUCUUUUUCAAAAAUUCCGAAUGUUAGUGUGCAAAAGUGGUCGGCAUAUCAUUAUUCUUGCAGGUUGUCAUGCCAGAUCAUUAUCGGUCGAUCAGAUCUCCGCAAAUUUCUUCCUCAAGACACACGACUUCCUGCCGCAGGUAGAGAAGAGAGCCGACCAGACACCACCGCCGCCGCCGCCGCCGCCGCCCCACGCCGCGGUCACCGCCGAGAAGCAGCUGCUCCACCAGCACGCGUUGGCCGCCGCCGGCGCGUUCACCAUCAACCACGCCGUGGCCGCGGCCGCCACCGCCGUCAAGCAGGAGCCGCCCUUCGCGCCGUGGUGCCAGCCCGUCGCCGCCGUAGAUCCCCGAGGUCACCAGUGGUCGCUCCCCUUCGCCGCGCGCGCCGUCGCCGUCGCCUCCUCCAGGCCGCAGCAGCAGCAGCAGCAGCCACCGCCGCCGGAGAGGAAGGGUGGCGGUGGAUUCAUGGACGCCGGCUCCAGAUCCAGUGGCGGCGCGGGCUUCGACGACGACGACGGCCAUGCCGCGCGCCGCGAGGUCUCCUCCUCGCUGAAAGAGCUCACGGUCAGGGUGGAAGGGAAAGGUGGGAGCUGCAGCGGCAGCGCUGGCACGGAUCAGAUGCCGAACACGCCGCGCUCGAAGCACUCCGCCACCGAGCAGCGCAGGCGCAGCAAAAUCAACGACAGAUUUCAACUUCUUAGAGACUUAUUGCCUCAUAAUGAUCAAAAGAGAGACAAAGCAUCAUUUCUCUUAGAGGUUAUUGAAUACAUACGGUUUUUACAAGAGAAAGUACAAAAGUAUGAGGUUUCAUACCCGGAGUGGAACCAAGAAAAUGCAAAGGUUGUGCCAUGGACAAACAUCUAUUUCCGUUCUUCCUGGAAAAAUGCGCAGAACAAAGGCCAAGUUCCUGCAGAUCAUUCACCUGACCCUCCAGAACUUCUGAAAAAUGGUUCCCCCUAUAUGUUCCCUUUUACAGGGAACUCUGAUAAUAACAAUGCAGUUGAAACUGCAGCUGCUUCAGGUGCACAGGAUCAGGCAGAAACUGAUCCAAUGAGUCGUGUGUCUUACAGAUCAGUGGACACUCCCAGUCCCAAUAAUGUUGCAGACAAAGUUACAUCUCAGCCACACGCUCAACUGGUGAGACCAUCACCUGCAGAGAAUCACACAGUAAACUGCGACAAGUUAAAUAAUUCUGACCUUGCCAUCGAUGAGGGAACAAUCAGUCUAUCAAGCCAAUAUUCCCAAGAGUUGCUUAACAAGUUGAAUCAUGCCCUGGAAAACUCGGGUAUAGAUUUGUCCCAAGCCAGCAUCUCCGUGCAAAUAAAUCUUGGCAAGAGGGCUAUGAAGAGAUCUACUCCUGCUGCAACCUCCACUUCUAAGGAGCUCACUGAUCCGGCAUCUAAUAGUCAAGCAAUGGGCCGUCAGCUUAGGUUGGGUGAUGGCGCUGAAGAACAUCGACAAGCCUCAAAGCGACACAAAUCAGAUAACAGCUGAUGGUUUGCUCCUGAAAACCCCAGAUAUUCAACCAUUUUUUGCUCCUAACUGUGUACGGGGAGCCCCAAGGUUUUAUGUAUAUUAAGUUUACCUGUGACGUCUCGACAAAACAAGGCCUUGAUGUAUUCUUUCAUUUAAUCACUUCGCCGUUCUAGCCCCUAGGGAAGAAAGGAAGCUUCCAUUGCAGAUUGUGAAGCUGCUUUUGUCCAUAUGCUUCCAUUCAUAUGAGAAGUUUCUCCCACCCUCUGACAGAAUGUCUUUUGUAACAUAAUUCAGAAAUGAGCUAUCCAAAGUUCCAUCAGUUCCCCUUGUGAUGUGUAA